GUGGGAGCCGCUGAUGAUGAGAGGAUCCUCCUCCAUACACACUCAUUGAACACAUGCACACCCGCUCAUUCGCAUCACUGCACACAUCAACACACGGGCUUCCGAGCAACCUGUUACUGCCAGCAAUAAAGGGCAAUGUUAACACACAUUUCUUCUAUUUUCGUUAUGUUUUGUAAUAGAUAAACAAAUAAUAUUCGUUUACUGAGAGAAGUCUUGUCAGUCUGAUAGCGGAGACUCGAAUCCAGCGCGCGGAGCGGAGCGGUGACGUGUUUUGAGUGACAGGAGUGAUGAUCUUAAUAUGAGUCGGGCAUCAGAACUCGCAUGAAAAACCGGAUUUAUUUGAUCGGCGUUUUUGAUUCAGAGGGAAUACAGGCUUUGCACGUACAAGGAGACAUCUAUCAUCAAGCCAGUGUGAUUCCUCUGGACAUCGACUCAGCGGUAGCAUCCCUGCUUUGUGAAGCAAGCUCUGGUGAAGAAGCGAUGCUGUUCUUCUACAAUUUGCUGAUAAUGGGACGACGGGUGUGAGUGUGGUUGUGGCUGCAACCCUAGAACCUCGAUCCUCACCAACAUGGUUUGCAGCGAACAGAAUUCUGGCACAUCAGUGCCCAAAAAGGAAACACAGACCCGCAAGAAGCGGAAAUCUCGUCCGCAAGGUUUGCCUUCUCCUGCCCUCUGCUGCGCAUGUGGACUCUGCAUCAUGUUGGCAGGCAUCAACAUCACCUUAGUUGGCGCCUUCGCAUUCAGUACGCUCGUGCCCUCCAGCAAUCCUCCAAUCAUCAUUGGACCGAUUCUCCUACUGGUGGCGUUCUCCUUCUUCGGGGCGUGUUGCAUCUGCAGUCGACUGCCUCCACCUCAGAGUUCUCGCCGGUCUAAAGGAGGUGGCGGUUUGGGUUUUAUGGGUCGAGGUGGAGGGGGGUUGGGUGGAGGGGCAGCGUUUGAGAUUGAGACCAGCGAGCACACGAUGCAGGACACCACAGCCGUGCAGCUCAGCCCCACUAACUCUCCCUGCUCCUCCCAUGCCUCAAGUCCCGAAAGAGAGGCUCCUGCCACCGCCGCAAAUGCUACUGUUCCUGCCCCUGACUACGGCCCUCCACGAACCUGCAAACUCUUCACUAUGGAGGCCAACGGACCAAACUCGGCAGCCUUUUCUGCUUCAACAGGGGGUGGAGGGGCGGUCCGGCUCACUUUGCCCUCAGACUGCGCUGCCACUUAAGUGUGCCGGUUUAGGUCGCUCUCUGGAGAAGGGCUGGUAUUAUGUUAUGUAAAUAGUUCUCUCAAGGAAAGACAAGCACUUUGUCUGAAGAAUUCAUUUGAUUGCCACAGCUGGCUUGUGCCACGAGAUGUAAUAACAAUUGAAAUGCUCGCAUAAAUUCAAUGGGUUGCUUUUCGGAGACCCAUGUGUUCCUGAUAGAAAUGACAGUGGUAUGCGAGAAGCAUAUGAAGAGCUUUUUGCGUUCUCUGUAUCCAAAGAGAGAGAGCCUUGAAAGGUGAAUCACUGAGGCGUGCUUCACAUAUUCAUACUGUGCCACUGUUACUCAGAGCAUUCACAGUUACUGCGCUCAAAAGAGACAAAAUCAGCUGUUGUGUAAAGAUGGCUUUGGAGACGAGCCUAAGAAACAGAAUGGAGAUAGACACUGUGUGUUGUCAUAUGCUAGUGUAUGGAUGAAAAAAAUAAGAAUCAAAAUAGAGAUGUUGUAUUUUUUCUCUUAAAUAUUUUCUCUUCAUCAUUUUAAAUUAAUUCAAGAGCGAAUGGUUCUUUUUUGAUCACUCUCCGUGGCUGAACGCUUUGAAUAUUGUCAAUACUGGAUUUAUAAAUAAUCCGUGACACUGUGCAAGAUCUCUGCUGUUUUUUUUUAAUGCAGCAGUAUAGUUUGCAUUAAAAUCGGACUGAAAUGCAAGUUCAAAAAGGGCAGAAAGAAAACUACAUUCUAGGUGUGAUUCGCCUGACAUUGUGUGGCGAAUAUUUGGCAUCGUUGAGCUGAAUUUGUACUGUUGUUGCAAUUUGUUUGAUGUUAAGAUUUUUGACUUGAAAUAAUGAACCAACAGCCCAUUUUUCUGUAAUAUAGCCACAAGCCAUUAGUCUUUAUUUUAUAAUGUGGUUUAUACUUUAUGCCAAGUAAAACAAUAUUUCUUUCUUGUAGAUUGCCAAAGGCUGUUAUGCCCUCCCUCUUCUGUUGUCUUCGGUUGUCAGUACUUGUCCUACGUCAACAGCACAGUAACAUUCAACUAUACUACCUACAUCUGCUCACAGUGUUCCCUCUCAAAUCUCUUUUUUUCCCUCCUAUCUUACUGUCCCUGUGCCCCCUGGUUUUCCUUUGCUCUUUGAAAGCAAGAGCCAGCACUGUUCUCAAACAUGCCCUCUAUCGCUGACCCGCCAUGAUAGUUCAAGCUGAACAGCGAAACAAUUUCCCUCAUGUUGAUUUUAGCGGAGAGGUCAGCUGAAAGCAGUUUCGGGGGCUGUACAAGCUUAAAAAGAAAAGGACAUUAUCUCUGUAUACAUUUUAAAAAGUAAAAAUGCUCUAUUAACAUUUGACGGUUUUAGAUUUUCCCUUUGGUAUUAUAUAUUCAACAAUUCUAAGCAAAGGAAAGGGCUGAUUUUUACUGACAAUUUUCUGUAAAGUGCCAAUGCAUCUGAUAAUAUGUACUUUUAUCUGUGUAAUAUAGUGUGGCACAUUUAUCAUAAGUCAAGUGGGUUAAGGUUAGGCAUAGGCCGGUAUAUGAUUCUCAUGGUAUGAUAACCUUGGCCAAACAAUAUCACAAUUUCAUGGUAUUGUGAUUACUGCUAUAAAAUAUCACCUUUUUAAAUGUCUUAGUAAAAAAACUUAACACAUUUUCGCCCCUUUAUAAUAAAAUACACAUUUAUUUUAUUUUGAGAAACAUUUAAAAAAAUUUAAAACAGUAAACAU